AUGCCACAAGAAGCCUCAUUUCCCUUUGGUGCCUUCUCUUCUCCACAGAACUCUUAUGAAUGGAAGAAAGCUCUCGUGGAUGUGAAAUGGCUAUGUUUUAAUCAACAACACAAGCAAUGUGCCUUGCAAUGCAAUCAGCUCAUAGACACCGCGUCCAGUCCGCUUCAUCCGAUCUGUGCGACCUACCUCCACUAUUAUGCGGCCACCUCAUAUGAGUAUAUGGGACGAGCACCUCAUAUCUUUUCGGCUGUCAAAGUCCCGCUUCUGACUUCUGCUAUGGAACGGUUCCAGACUUGCUAUGAGUCUUUGCCAGCUACAAUCCCCAUGCCGGUUCUGAAUCCCAACCAGACCUACUCGCCAGUUACUUUUCUUCAUUCGCCCGACUCGACUCCUCGGUCUUCGUUGAGUACUGUCGUCUGGAGCCCUGCAUUUUCCCCGGCGCAUGGUGUUCUUCCUGGCCCUGAUCCAAAUGCUCAAGCUCUGUCAGUUCAGAAUCUGUCGGCUCAUAAUGCUAGGCUAGCUCACGCUCCUCCUUCGCCUUUCCAGUCUCCUCCCUCUUCCUCUUCAAACCCUUCUGUUACCACUGCCUUUUGUCUCACGCCACCUCCUACUGUUCGAGAAGUCUCACGUCUUGACUAUGACCCUCCUCCUCCAGCCUUUCAUAUCCCGCCUCCGAACCGUGCGCCUCUGCCUCCACCACGCGCCGUUCCUGUUCGUCCGGCUACUAGGGACCAAUUGCUCUCUUUUAAUAGUGCCCGAGAUAGACUUCCCAAUGGGGGAUCUAUCGUCCGAAACAUUGCCCGCAUGAUUGAUAACUCCAUUAUCGCGGGAACCGACGACCCUUUUGUUGCCCGCGCACCGCCAAAACAUCUCAAGCGGCCACCAGUGCGUCUAUCUCCAAUCAAGUUCCCAGCUGAACUCGAGGACCCGGUAAAGCGCAGCGAGCUCAUUCCAUCCCCACUUGCCAUCCGGAAGAGCUCCGGCGAGGUACUCAUGUGCAGCAGUUCUGCAAUGAUAAUCUGCGGAGAUUCGGAGCAAGAAACUUCUAGGAAUGAGGUGAAUCGACCGAUCCGAGCUCGCCCUCCCCGGCUACCCUUGAAGAUAAUCCCAUCCGGACGUCUGAAUGCUAACACAGAGGAGGCGAGUCCUUCAACCCUAGCACCGCGGCCGAAGCGUCUGAGUCCCGUCCUCUCUUCGCCCACGACCAUGGCUCCAUCGACACCCACCCCCGUUAUAAGAAAGAAGAUCCCCACCCUCAGCUCGCCGUUCACCAGCCGCGCAGGCCCGCCAGAGCAGAAAAGCAUCAAGUCGCCCUCUUUGCGGUCUAGAAAGUCAUCCCCCUUCCCCGCGCCUGUCAGCGCCGAGCGCGCCGCCCAGAUUAAUGAGUUCAACAACGGCAUCAAGUGGCUCCGUGAGCAUAUUCCCGCCGACGUGACCGGACUCCGUAAGCAGAUUAAACAUUUUUCGGACCUGCAGCAGGCCCGUCGCUCUCGCAGCACGACUAUGGCCCGCUCUGCCUCCUUCUGGACUUUUUCACCCGUUAAGCUUAACCCCGAUUCCAGUGAACCACAGGAAUCUCCUGUGAUUGAGGGGCCUAAUAUUGAUGAGUAUGGAAACGUUAUUCGGGUUGAGACUAAGGCGCAACGCAUUAAGCGGCUCAGGGAAGAGGAUUGGAGGAUUGGUAUUCGGUCGAAGCAUAGUCUCUGGAAGGGGACUGAGUACUAUGAUAAGUUUUGCGAAACUGCUUUGGCGGAGCUAGGUCCGACGGGUUAUGGAUCUCGCGAAUGGCUGCAGCGGUGA